AUGUCCUAUCAGUACACUGUGACAGAGCGACGGCGCCGCACCGCAACGAAUAGCUACGGCGCCACCUCGAAUCGCACCACACUCGGCUACUGGGUCCCUCUCGUACUCACAGUUGGCGCCGCCGUUGUGGGCAUUGCGGCCUGGGUCUGGAGCGAGCGCAGUGAAGAUGACGACAGUGACGCGGAACACUACGCUGGUGGCGUACCUCCGCCAGGCUAUGCUUCCAUGAGCGGCGGCAUGCCACCGGGGCCAGGACCGAUGGGUAUGCAGAACGCGCCGCAGGGCCCUGGCAUGCCUGGCCCACCGCAAGCCGGUGGAUUUCAGGACGGUGGCUACCCACCUGGACCACCUCCACCUGGUGGCUGGCAAGGCCCACCGCCCCCAGGCGCACGGGGCGAAUGGGAGUCGACAGACAUGUAUGGUGCUUCGCGCUCGACCAACAUCCACACACAAGAGCAAGAUACCGGCCUGGUGGCACGUAUGUCUUCCGCACUAGGCAUCAAUCGGUCCGCCUCACCUGCCGCGCAGUCCUUUGGUUGGGCAGGCCAGCAGGUCGCGGCUGGCUUUGCUGCGGCGGGUGCAAUGGUGGGCGGUGCUCUGAGUGGAAUGAGAGACGGUGAUCAAGGCGAGUAUCGCGAUCAUGAAAGGUGGAGCGAGGAAGCAGAGCAGCAGGAAGAGGAAGUGAAGCAGGGGAUCCGGCGGAGAGGUACGGCAGACGAGUACUUCAGUGGGCAGGUGGAUAUCCCAAAGCAAGCGAGAGAGUAUACCAGGAAGAGAAAAACGGUCGCGAUCGUUGUCAGUGCCGUUGAUGAUCGUGGGGUCGACGCGGACCUGGGAUAUCACGCGUCCAUACUAGCCCAUCUCCCCGAGUACAUUGACGCAGAGACUACGCGAGUAUUUGUCCUCAUCUACGCCCCCAACCUCAGGGUCCAUCCACUCAGUACUAUCUCCCAGACCAACAAGCCAGCACGCUCCUCACAGUCCAUGGCUUCCUCCUUCUCCAACAUCUCUACCACCGACGCGCACACCCCGGCACAAACGCCUGGCGACUUCCCUGGUGAGCACGACCAAGAUAACGGCGGGAUCCUCAGCAGUGUCGAGCCCAAGCCUCUCGAGGAUGUCAGCCCCCUCUUCAAGACCCUCUAUAAUCAGGGACAAGCAAUCGUCGAGCACGAAACUAUGAUUCUGCCGUUCACGAGCCCCCAGGGCCACCGGAACAUUCUGAAGAGCCUGGGCCCGGAGGUGGUCUACAUCCAGGAGAGCCUGUGCGGGCGAGAAGGUGAGCUCGUUGGGGACCUAAGUGGGUGGGUUAGGCAGAUCGUGGUGGUGAUUGGUGACGAGGGCGGCGCAGGAGGUUUGAUCGACACAGACGACGAGACGGCGAGGCGGAGGGACAAGGAGGGCGGGACGGAGUGGUGGAUGCGCGAGGAGAGGACGGGAUUGGGCAAGAGAGUUAGCGUGGUGGAGGGCGUCAAGGUGGGCGACGAUUGGAAGAGGAGGAUUAACGAGGUUGAUUGA